AGAGGAGACGCUCACGUCUACAUAAAGAGCGGUAGGCGGCGCGUCGGCGAAAGGCUGUCCAGUUUUAAUGAACAGUGACCACGGGCUCUGUCUUCAGCGUGGAAAUAACCGUUUAAUAGUACAGUAACGUAUUCUGUUGGGUGGGCCCCCACCCUCAUUCUGCACUGAAGAGCUGCUUCAACAGAAUUGUGAAUUGGCAGUUCAGUGCGGACAUGUCCAAGUUAUUCCGGGCUGUAAUCAUGGGUCCACCAGGCUCAGGGAAGGGGACCAUAUCCGAGAGGAUCGCACACAGUUUCGGCCUUAAACAUUUGUCUAGUGGAGACUUUGUACGAGAAAACAUCGCAGCGAAAACUGAGGCUGGUGUUCUAGCUAAGACGUAUAUAAAAAAAGGAUUGCUUGUGCCAGACCAUGUCAUGACGCGUCUUCUGCUGCCUAGAUUGGAGGAGAUGACCAAAUGCAGCUGGUUGUUGGAUGGUUUCCCUCGAACACUAGCUCAGGCUGAAGCCCUGAACAGUGCCUGUGAUCUGGAUGUAGCCAUCAACCUCAACAUCCCUCUGGAAACACUGAAGGAAAGGCUGCAACAUCGAUGGAUGCAUCCACCCAGCGGCAGAGUGUACAAUAUGUACUUUAAUCCUCCCCGCGUCCAGGGGAAAGAUGACAUCACAGGAGAGCCAUUGAUUCAACAGGAGGAUGACAGACCAGAAGCCCUGGUGGCCAGACUGAGACACUACAAAGAUGUUGCCAAACCUGUCAUAGACUUUUAUAAGGCUAAAAGCAUCCUGUACACAUUCUCGGACACAGAGACAGAUCGGAUCUGGCCGAAUAUCAGCACACUUCUCAGCACAAAGAUCCCCACCAUCCAAUCAGAUGCUCGUUGUGCUUCAACUCACUGAGGAAAUCCACUGAAGUCUCAUAUCAAAGACACCAAAGUGGCCUCAUCUCAGAGGAAUUACUAAUUGACCACAUUUGGUUUCCAAAGAUUCCAUGAUAGUCAUUUUUAUUAUCGCAACUUGUCCAUUGGUAGUAUAGUAUUAUUCUUCAUAGUGCUAGCUUUGAUUAUUUCUGUUUCUGAAAAGAUUUCAUACGUUUGAAGGACUUGCUCUCCGCUUUUAGCAUUUGCUGGAAUCUGGGAAUCAGUCGGUAAAAUUCAACUUAUAUCUUACAAGUACAAUAGUUGUUAAAGAGAGUUAAUGAUUCCUAGAUUUCAACUCACGAGUGCACAAAUUUAUAUAGAUGCGAUUAAAUCACAUUAGAAUAAUGAAGGGUAGACGCAUGUGACCUUGUGUAAGUGAAUGAGACAUUGAACUGUUCAAGCAUUCCAGUGAGAUUUAGUUAUUUCUGAAGGGGCUUUACUUGAUAUCAUCUCUGUCUGUGGUGUUUGCCUUUCUUAUAUAUAUAUAUCAUAGUAGUGUUAAUCAUGCUACUACACACCAUAAAAAAAUGCUAUAAUUAUUUGAUGUGUUUUACGAGCUCUAUAAUCCAAAUAUGCCUUGGAGAAGUACAAUUUCUUGAUCUGCUGAAAUUACUAUUGUGAACACCAGGCAUUAUUCUUUGAAAUACAUUGAUAGAGUGUUUACCUGUUAAAAAUCAAAUCAAUGUGUGAGUAACACUAUAGCAAAUGGCAAUAUAUAAGAAUAAUAUGAUAUAAUAAUCCUAUACCAUAUCAAAUAUUCUUUAAACACUGCCUGUUUUGGUACUGUUCAGCAUUACAUUUUUAAAAGCCAUAUCUGGGAAAACUGUUGAUAGAAAAGAAUCUAAUGAGGUUACUAGGUUAUGUAUUGUACCCAUUUAAUAACUGUGACUGUGUUCAGCCAGAACAACAGUGAUGUAUUCUUUAUCCAGAAGAUUAAAGCACAGAUUAAUCAAAAACCACAGAUUAAAUUACA